AUGUUUAUUAAAAUGAAGAUUUCUUCAAUUUGGAUUUUCUUCUGUUUGAUCAAUUCAAUUUUAGCAAAUUCAUCGAAUCAACCAAUAUUUUGUUCAAAUGCAACUUGGAAUCCAAAGGGAAUUACUUUUGCAGAUGAAACUAUUGUUGGAACAUGGCCUAGUACUCUUUUUAUCGAUACAAAUAAUACAAUUUAUGUUGCUAGUUAUAUUAAAAAAGAAAUUUUAAUUUGGUUUAAUCAAAGUUCAAAUUCAACAAAAAUUAUUCGAGGUGAUUUUUUAUAUCCAAAGUCCAUGUUUGUAACAAAUCUUGGUGAUAUUUUUAUUGAUAAUGGUGGAGUUAAUAAUCAAGUUGAUAAAUGGAUUUCAAAGAAUGAAACUUUUAUCAAUAUGAUGAAUGUUGAUUCUAUAUGUUUUGGUCUUUUUGUUGAUCAAAAUAAUUCUUUAUAUUGUUCAAUGGGAAAUGAACAUAAAAUAGUGAAAAAAUGGUUAAAUGAUAUUGAAGUAACACCAACAACUGUUGCUGGAAAUGGUACUGAAGGUUCUGCUCCGAAUCAACUUUUUCAUCCUCGUGGAAUCUUUAUUGAUGACAAUUUUGAUUUAUAUGUGGCAGAUAACUGGAAUAAUCGUAUUCAAAAAUUUGAAUUUGGUAAAUCAAAUGGAAUAACAAAAGCAGGAAAAGGAUCUUUCAACGUUACAAUUCAACUUAGAUAUCCAUGUGGAAUUAUUUUAGAUGGAAAUAAAUAUCUUUUUAUUCUUGAUCAUCAAAAUAGUCGUAUAAUUGGAGAAAAUGAAAAUAGUUUUCGAUGUUUAGUUGGAUGUUAUGCAGGACUUGGUUCACAAUCUCAUCAAUUAUAUUUUCCCUCUACUCUUAGUUUUGAUAUUGAUGGAAAUAUAUUUGUUAGUGAUACUAAUAAUCAUCGAAUUCAAAAAUUUAUUUUUGAAAAAGAUUCUUGUCAAAAUCAAACAUCAACAACAAAUCAAAUAAAACAAAAUGAAAUAACAACACAAAUUCAGCAAGAUCAAACAUCAAUCAUGUCAACAACAAAUCAAAUAAAACAAAAUCAAAUAAUAACAAUUAUCUUAUUUUUUGCUUCUCUUUCAUUAUAA